UUUGCCGUUCAUGAGCCUACUGUCCCUCCCGAAGUCUAACUCCGCAUCUCCAAACUCACCGCAGUUAAGCCUUGAACCCGUCGAUCAGACACUAAUCCGAGAAGCGCUCGCUUUCGACUGUGAUUAACUCCUCUCACCUGGAACAUUCUCAACAGACGUCUUCAAGUUCAAAUCUUCUCUGGCCUCAAUGAAGCUCUAUAUAUCUCGCUUCCUUCGCGAUUGCUGAUAGCACAGUCUCCUUCCUGCGACGACUAGAUGGAGCCCUAUGGCGUCCGGAUACAACUCGGCAUUCUCGGUGAGCUCCACCCAGCAUCCUGCUGUGGGUGAUGGGCGACCGUUUUCCAGCCAUGGCCGUAAGUCUGCGGAUGGGAACUGGGGAGGAGAUAGACCUAGCACGGGAAGAAACGGCCGCUCGCAGUCUGGAGGUAGUGCUACCCCCGGAUUUCGGGGAGGUGCUGGUGGAAAUUCCCUGGCACCUACCUCCGCGGCUGGGCCUGGGAGUUUCAGUGCCGAUAUGAAGAGCAUGAGUACAUCUCGCAGUACCACUCCGCGGCCGGAGAGCAUAUUUCCGGGGCGAGGAAGUAGUAUCGACGAGGAGAGUCGGCCUAGUACCGAGCAGCGUCAGGCGAUUAUUCGGGAUCAGAUCGCCAAGGAGAUCAAGAUUAAGACGGGGACAGAGAAUAUGUUGGAGGCAUUGUUGGCGAAGAAUCCCAAACAUACCAAGGACCAGCGGUUGAGGGUGGAAUCGGAGCUGAGCUCGUCCAACCGGAAGCUAGCUGAGUUACAUUUAGAGCUCGAGGAGGAGAUGCUACGUGCGCAGGCGCCGUCAACUCCUCCCGGUCGUCUGUCAGCUUUGUUUCGGGGCAGUCCGUUGCGGCCGUCCUCGCGUGGUGCCGAUACUGUUGAUGAUGCUGGACUUGACGACGGCGAUGGGGGCACGGAGUCACCGACUUAUGUUCUUACGGAAACCCUGCAGGCUCUGGAGAUUGAGGGCAUGGCACCUGAUUUCUAUGUGGAGCGGGCAAACAGCCUGGUAGAGCUCUUUAAACGCCAUCCGUCUUUGAAAUACGACCUCGCAUGGUCCGUGUUCGGGUUCCGCGUUCAGCUGAUGCUUUUGAGCGAUAGCAAGGAGGUGGUCGCCGCUGGGUAUCGGCUGACUCGUUAUGCAGUAGCAGACAGGAAAUCGCUGCAGAGAAUCCGUUCGCUGCAUACAGAUGACCUAGUCAUUCUGUCUCUCGUUAAGGAGAGCAAGGCCAGCAUUGAACGAGAGCAAGCCUUGAAAUUUGUGAGAUCUUUUCUGGAUGUCAAGGAUGGAGUCGGUGAGAUUUCCCGUGCUGUUGUACGCACCAUUGUCUCUAUCGCUGAGCACCACGAGGACCGGCUCCGAAAUAUAUCCAUCAUGACUCUUGCCGAAAUUCUGGUUAGGGACCCUGGACUGGUUUUCCACUCUGGUGGAUUCGCCGCCCUACACGAUGCUUUAUCUGAAGGAACAUUUGGCGCUUCAGAGAGCUUAGUGGCGAGCUUCCUGUACGUCCUGGAUGCGCCACAAAGCAGGAAAUACCUGCGAGAUGGUUGCGAACUGGAAGCCGUUCUCGCCCCGUUUACUGACUCCCUGUCUGACACGGUCCGCAAUGGUCGACUGAAGUCUUCGGCCAAAGCCAUCUCCGCCAUGCUGAAAACCUGGCCUGGUUUGGUGAUUCUUGCCAGACACAGAGCUAAGCCUCUACAUUCUCUCCUGGAGUCGCUGCACUAUCCUGACCCGCUAGCAAGGGAUCUGAUUAUGGAAUUACUAUUUGACGCCCUUAGGAUAAAACCUCCGUCCUGGUCCUCAUCGUUCCUUGCUGGCAGAAGGCUUACAACUUACGGCAGAGUUUCGAAUCUCAGAUCGGAGACCGAUACGAGACAAGCUCCCGCCUUUUACGAUUCUAACAGUAAUGAUUUUGAUCUCACUGCUCAUUUCUCGACACUCAUACUUGCCACUCUGGUCCGUGCGGGUCUGAUACAGUCUCUCUCGGAUCUGAUUGAGGAGGAAACAGACCUUUCCCUGCGGCGAAAGGCGACUCUACUUCUCACAGAAGUCCUCAAACUAGCACAGCACUCGUUGCCUGGGAAUGUGAGCGCGCAGCUGCAGAUUCUUCCUCAUUUAUUACCGGCGGCGAUCCACUUCGAUUCCAAGAAUCAUGACAUAUCUACGUCGACCAUUUAUCAAAUUGAGAGUAUCAAUCGCACGUUGGCUCGAUCGGGUGGCUUCUCAAAUGGAACGGGUCGGUAUAGUGUGGAUGUUGAUAUCUCGGCCUCACUCUUGUCCGGAGAGCAAGGUAAAAUGAAUGCCGCCAUGGACGAAACCCAGUUCCGCAAUGCGGUAUUGGAGACGCACGUUUUGAACACGGUUAAUUACCUCAAAUGGAAAUGGGAUUUGAUCCAUCGCAUUGUGGAAGGCCCUCUCACAAAUCCGAAACGGCUAGAUGAGGCAAUCAAGGGCUCCAAAUUUAUGAAGCGGCUCAUAGGUUUCUAUCGGCCUUUUAAAUACAGGUUUUCUAUGAUUCCGAACACGAAGCCGAAUCAGCGCUAUGUUCGGACAGGGUGCGCUCUGAUGCGCACCUUGGUCCAGUGCCCCGAAGGGACCAAGUACCUGGCGGGAAAUAAAUUUCUCAGACAAGUUGCUGAGUGCCUUGCUCAGGUGGAUCGAAUGAGCGGUCUCACGUCUUCGUCGCCUCUAUUCUCACGGGAGGGGAUGACCAACACGUUGAGCGGUGGUUAUUUCGCUAUGCUGGGAGUUCUAAGCGGUGACGCUAACGGCCUAGCCAUGAUGGAGAGAUGGCACAUGCUCAACAUGAUCUAUCAUAUCAUCGAGCUGCAGGAUAGGAACGAUUUGAUUCAGACCCUUCUGGGAAAUAUGGACUACUCACGGGAAAGCCAUCUCAGAGUCAUUCUUUCCAAGGCCCUGACAACCGGGUCGAAGGAAAUUCGCAUUUUCGCAACAAAACUGCUUCGAAAAUAUACCGUUGGGAAUGCUUCCAUCUCUUCACGCUCCGGGAUGGCUAACGCUGACUGGGUUGUCAAAUUACUCGUGACCCAGUUGUAUGACCCAGACGUGGCUGUCUGCCAGGUUGCUGUCAAGAUCCUUGAGGAGGCAUGCAAUCAACGGGAUUACCUUGAAUUUGUAGUCAAAUGCCGCCCUUCUCUUGACCAUCUAGGCGAAAUCGGGGCACCGCUUCUCUUGCGAUUCCUGUCCACUUCGGUAGGCUAUCACUACCUUGAUGGUCUCGAUUACAUCACACAGGAGAUGGACGAUUGGUUUCUGGGUCGGAACGACACUUACGUCGGUCUUGUGGAAGCGACUCUGUCUCGAGCAUACGUUGACCAGCCUCGGAGAAACAGUUUUGCUCCGGAGGACCUGGUCGAGAUGCAGGACAUCGGCCUAGUCCCACCUCAUUUCUAUAGGGAGCUUGCGCGCACAGCAGAGGGUUGCAGACUCCUCGAACAGUCCGGGCAUUUCAACGAAUUCGUGUCCACCAUCUGUAAUUUCCGACUGGACGAAGAAGAUAAUGAGGCUCUGCUGAAGGUCAAGGGCUGUCUUUGGGCUGUCGGGAACGUCGGGUCCAUGGAGCUCGGGGCGUCCUUUCUCAAAGCAGAUGUUGUGCAGCAUAUUGUGGGGAUUGCUGAGAGGGCCGAGGUGUUGACUAUGCGAGGUACUGCAUUUUUCGUUCUUGGGUUGAUUUCACGGAGUCGACAUGGGCUUAAGGUUUUGAGAGAUGCUGGGUGGGAUUCUGCUAUUGAUCAAAAGGGAGAGUCUUUGGGUUUGAGUCUUCCCGGGGACGGUGAUUUUGAUAAGAUGUUUUUGCUCUCUUUCCCUCCCUAUGGUCGUGAUCCCGAGUCCAGACGCAAGUCCCUAGAGAAGUUCAGGGCGGCGACCUCGGACCCGGAUCCUGGCAACGAAAGAGUUCUGAAGUUGAUAGCGGACAUGGGAAACGCUGUUCUGUCCAAGAGAGCAGCAGCGGAUCUUCAUGGCAUCAAGUCAAAACAGCCAGAACGAUUUCGCCAGGUCCAUCUCUUCCGCAAGGCCUUAAUCCUUCUGGAGAGCCACCACUUCCGGUUGCCCGUGCGACGAUUUGCCUUGGAUCUGUUUGAUAAAUGCGUCAUGCGGCGAAUUGUGUUGGAGGAGGAUUCCGAUGUCGAGUCUGAUUCGACGUCAACGUCGACCUCUACCUCUCAAUAACCCGGAUGAUUAUGCGCUUUCCCUGCUCCCCUUUGUUUACCGCGAAGAAACCGUCUGCAUCGUCCGAUGGAACCCACCCUUUGUAUCUCUUUCUCAUCAUUGAUAUACCCAUUUUUUGAAAGGAUGUAUUUUCUCCAUCCCUUUCUGCUUAUUUUAUCUGCAUGGUGAGCUGUUUCUUGUUUGCCAAUUGGUUCAUAUGCGGUCUGCGGUCUCUGUGUUGUGUUGUGCAUUUAUGUAUGUCUCUAUCCUUGAUAUGGCGUUAGAUCGGCACCUGGCAAUGAGGACAAAUGAGGAUGGGGAUGAGCAAUGAAAUAGAUGAUGUUUUACAAAGGAUACGUCUUGUCUUACCGUUCUCCACAGAUCCUUUAUUUGGGUUCUCGCCGUACAUGUGUGAUACAGCAAUUGGUCUUCCG